AUGGUUAAAUACGUGGAAGGCGCGUUUGACGAAGAUUAUAUUCAGACUUUGGGAGUCAAUUUCAUGGACAAGAAGAUACAAAUCCGCAAUACCACCAUCACGUUUUCCAUAUGGGAUUUGGGAGGUCAAAAAGAAUUCAUCAAUAUGCUACCAUUGGUGUCGAAUGAUGCCGUGGCUAUUCUAUUUAUGUUCGAUUUAACUCGAAAAUCCACCUUGAACUCGAUCAAGGAAUGGUAUCGCCAGGUGCGAGGUUUCAACAAGACCGCCAUUCCAUUCCUUGUGGGCACCAAAUACGACCAGUUCAUAGACCAGUCUCAACAAGAUCAAGUGGAGAUCACUCAGCAGGCCAAGAAGUUUGGUAGCGCCAUGAGAGCACCAGUGAUCUUUUGCUCGACCAGCCACCUGAUAAACGUUCAGAAGAUCUUCAAGAUAGUAUUGUCGAAAGCAUUUGAUCUCAAGUUGAACUUGGAAGAGAUCGUCAACAUCGGAGAGCCCAUUCUCCUUUACAAGUAG